GUUUAGCUUUCAGUGAUUUCAUAGCGGACGGACAGGCGUGUGUGUCGCAGUCUAUUCCAGCCUGGGUCACAGCUCCUUCUCCAAUGCGACGGCCAUGACACCAAGAGUUUUGUUCCCAAGCACUGACUCUACUACUAAUCUUCCAGCUGCCCCAAUUACUCACCUUCCAUUCCGGCGGAUCUCACUACCAAGCGUACCGAGCUCGAGCCUCUUAUCUGCCCAACACCGUCAAUCUGUCGCUAGUUUUGCAUCAUUCGAUUCUCUGCCCGAGGAGCCAGUCGUCAAGCGCCCUAAACGUCGUUCACUGAAGCGCAAACAAUCCAGGACACCUGCACCAGAAGAUAUAGCACGAGAGGCAAAACGAACAAAGGUAAUAAGAGAGUUUUGGGAUACAGAAAGAAGUUAUGUACAGGGACUGGAUCUCGUGCAUGAUCACUUCUUGACGCCGAUCAUAGCGUCGCUCGACAGUUCCCGCCCACUCCUUACGCGCACGGAAUUGACUACCAUUUUCUCAAAUUUUAUUGACAUUUGGAACUUUCAUCAUGCAUUUUUCAGUGCCCUGACUGCGCUGCUACAUCCCUCUCUGACUCACCUUGAUGUCCCAAAUCCUAACCCACCGCCCCUUUCAGCACUCCUUCUCUCGCAUUUUCCUUAUCUCUCUCUUUACACCCCAUUUAUAACCGCAUUUCCAAGUUCUAUAUCUUUCCUUUCCCGUCCACCUGCGCCAUUUGCCAUAUUUCUACGAACACAAGAGCGCGAUCCACGCUGCGGGCAGCUAAAACUCACGGAUUGGCUUUUGAGCAUCGUACAAAGGUGCCCAAGGUAUGUCUUAUUGCUCAAGGAGUUGAUCCAUGUAGAAAGGAGAGAAAAGGAAGGAGAGGGAGAGUGGGAUAGACUAGGAAAGGCCCUCACCCUUGUUGAGAAAGUGACAUCAUCUCUCAAUACAUCUCUUCAUGCGCACGCACAUACACUCUCACUCCUCGCAUUGCAACGCGCUACCCUCGGCCUCCCGCCUACCCUACACUUCGUUCAGCCAGGCCGCACCUUAAUCUUCCGCGCUCCUCUCGUGAUAGACUCCGGUGGUGUAGCCAUAGAAGGCCCAGCAAUAGGGAGAGGCAGGCGAGAUCGCAUAUGUGAAUUUCUGCUAUUCGACGACAUAUUAGGUAUGGCUAGACUUCGAUCCGUCCACUCUGCGCGAUUCCCACUGGUUCACUCUCGCGGCACAUGCUACCGCUAGCGACGAGCGGCAUACAUACACGUACAGAAAUCAUCUUUCCCUCGUCGAUAUCGAGGCGGUGCUCGAUCCGUCGCAUCAUCCUCCCCGACUGGAGGUGUUGAGCCCUGGAGGCUCGUUCGCGGUAUAUGCGGUCCCGUCGCAACCCCCAUCGCCAAGGCGUCUU